UUGUAUCAGUUGGUCGUCUAGCUUGCAACUCUCCCAUCUCUUACCAGAAAUACAAGACACCAGACAAAAUGAAGGGUGUUUAUCAAAUAUCGGGAGAGAAGGACAAUAUCACAGGGCUUUCCUUUUGUAACAGAAGCGAGAGCAACCAGUGGAGGAGUGCUUCCAAUGCCACCAUCGAGACCCUGCCUGAGGGGCUUCCCUCCCUAGACUACAGGGACGAAGAACCACCUCCUCAACGCAACAAGUACCACAGGAGCCUUCAGACAUUGAUGCCUUUCCGCUUUGGCUCAAAGUCCCACCCUAUGGAUAGUGCAGGAUUCUUCUCCUUCACCUCGUUCGCCUGGAUGACCCCCAUGAUGUGGAGCCUGUUUAGGAACAGACUGGACAGGAGCUCUCUCGCCCUGUCUCCCCACGACGGAGCCGACAUCAACGGAAAAAGGUUUCAAAGGCUUUGGGAUGAAGAGGUGUCUAAAGUGGGUUUGGAGAAGGCCUCCUUGACUCGAGUCGUCCUGAGAUUCCAAAGAACAAGAUUGCUAGUGGCUUUCUUCAUCUCUGUCAUAUUCACAUUUGCUGUAUUUAUCGGCCCAUCGGUUCUGGUCUACGAGAUCCUAAAAUACACAGAGAAACCCGAUGGUUCCACGCUGACUCACGGAGUGGGUCUGUGUGUGGCCUUGUUCUGCUCGGAGUUCUGCAAAGCCUUCUUCAUCUCGCUGAUGUGGGCCGUGAACCUGCGCACGGCCAUCAGAGUGAAGAACGCCUUCUCCAUGUUGGCCUUCAGCAAGAUCAUCUCCCUACGAGUGGUCAACAGCAUCUCUGUGGGAGAGAUGAUCAACGUGCUGACCAGCGAUGGCUACCGGAUGUUUGAGGCGGUGGUGUUUGGCACCUUCCUGUUGUGUAUCCCAGUGCUGCUCAUAAUCUGUAUCAGCUAUGCAUGCUACAUCCUGGGAUACACUGCCCUCAUCGGGGUCCUGGUGUACUUCGUGUUCAUCCCCAUUCAGUUUUUCAUGGCCAGACUGAUCAACAUCUUCAGAAGGAAAGCCGUGGUGGUGACCGAUAACCGUGUCCGCACCAUGAACGAAGUUCUCACCUGCAUAAAACUCAUCAAGAUGUAUGCCUGGGAAACCUCCUUUGAUAAGAAGAUCUUGGACAUCAGGCAGGACGAGCGGCAGCUGCUGGAAAAGGCUGGCUACGUCCAGAGCGUGAACUCCUCCAUCACCACCAUCAUCCCCACCCUGGCCACCAUCCUCACCUUCAUAACCCACACCGUGAUCGGCCUGCCCCUCAACCCGUCCGCGGCUUUUGCCAUCAUUGCCAUCUUCAACUCCAUGAGGUUUUCUCUAGGCCUGCUCCCCUUCUCUGUGAAAGCUUUGGCCGAGGCCAAUGUGUCUCUAGCCAGACUCAAGAAACUCAUGCUAGUUCAGAAUCCAGAAUCCUACCUAAUUCGUAAAAAAAGCCCAGACUUAGCCUUGGUCAUGGCGAAGGCUACUUUCUCAUGGUCCAAACCUGAGAGCCAGUCUACCAACCCAGACCCAGCCGACGACCAGAGGGAGGGAAAGGAAGAAACCAUGCCCCAGAACGGGACUCAUGCACCGGGCAGUGUUAAACCCUCCCUGAGGAACAUCUCCUUUACCCUACCCAAGGGAAGCCUACUGGGGAUAUGUGGCAAUGUCGGGAGCGGAAAAACAUCGCUUUUAUCGAGCAUUUUGGAACAGAUGCAUCUGGAAAGAGGCUCAGUGACAGCCGAUGGGUCGUUUGCCUACGUUUCCCAGCAGGCAUGGAUAUUCCACGGUACGGUGCGUGACAACAUCCUGAUGGGAGAACCGUUCAACCAGGACAGGUAUAAAAAAGUUAUCCACGCAUGUAGCUUGACACCAGAUCUGGCUAUUCUUCCCUAUGGAGAUAAGACUGAAAUUGGCGAGCGAGGCCUGAACCUGUCUGGAGGUCAGAAGCAGAGGAUCAGCCUGGCCAGAGCCGUUUACUCCAACAAGGACAUCUUCCUCCUGGACGACCCGCUGUCUGCCGUGGACGCUCACGUAGGGAAGCACAUCUUUGAGGACUGCAUUAAGAAGCAGCUGAAGGGGAAGUCCGUGAUUCUGGUCACUCAUCAGCUGCAGUACCUGGAGUUCUGUGACGAGGUCAUAAUGCUGGAGAGCGGGAAGAUCAAGGAGGCAGGGACACACAAGGAUCUGAUGGAGGCUAUGGGCCGAUACGCACAGCUCAUUAAAAACUUCCAGCUGGAACAGUCGAAAGCACAAAAUGAGGAAAUGGAUGAGCCAGCCGAGCCCGUUGAAGUACACAAGAAGGAUAUUGAUGAAGACAAUGCCAACGGACUGGAUAAUCCAGCCUUUGACAUGUCAGAUGAAUCCGAUGAGAAGAGGGGGGAAUCCAAGUUUGAGGUUAAGGAGUCUAAGGACCAGCUGGUGCAGCAGGAGGGCUCCGUGGAAGGAUCUGUGACCUGGAGGACCUACCAUCAGUACUGCCUCGCCGCUGGAGGGUAUAUCCUGCUGACAUUAGUCAUGCUGAUCUUCAUUCUGCUGGUGGGGACCACUGUCUUCAGCAACUGGUGGCUCAGCUACUGGUUAGAGCAAGGAUCUGGGACGGCUAACAUUUCCACCCCUGUCAUGGGAGACAUCUCCCUAAACCCUGACCUGAGCUUCUACCAGAUGAUCUACGGUCUGACGGUGGUGGCCAUGUUGGUUCUGAGCACUAUCAAGUGCUUUUCCUUCGUCAAGGUCACCCUCCAUGCCUCCUCCAAGCUCCACGACAACAUGUUCAAGAAGAUCUUAGCCAGCCCCAUGAGUUUCUUCGACACCACCCCCACAGGACGCUUGGUGAACCGCUUCUCCAAGGACCAGGACGAGGUGGACACUGUGAUUCCCUUCAACAUGGAGAACUUCCUCCAGUUCCUCCUCAUCAUCACCUACACCAUCUGCACCAUCUCUGCUGUCUUCCCUCCUCUCCUCGCCGCCGUGGCCAUCCUGGGGGCCAUCUUCGCCCUCAUCCUGUUUGUGUUCCAGAGGAGUAUUAGAGAGAUGAAGAGGAUGGAAAACAUCAGCCGUUCAUCGUGGAUCUCCCUCACCACAUCCACCAUCCAGGGCCUUAGUACCAUCCACGCCUACGACAAGAGACAGCAGUACAUCGAGCAGUUCCAAACGAUGAGCGACACUAACAGUAACCACUUCCUGUUGUUCAACUGCGGCACACGCUGGCUGUCUUUCUGGCUGGACUUCCUGUCGGCCACUGUGACCUUGGUAGUGGCUCUGUUUGUGGUGCUCAGCGACAACAGCAUCAUCAGCCCCUCCAUGAAGGGUCUCGCCCUGUCCUACACCAUCCAGUUGACAGGCAUGCUCCAGUACGUAGUGAGGCUGUCCACAGAGCUGGAGGCCAAGUUCACCUCCGUGGAGAGACUGCAGGAGUACAGCACGGGCUGUGUGUCAGAGGCUCCUAAGAGGGUAAAAGGUGUCCACAUCCCUGAAGGCUGGCCCCAUGCUGGAGCCAUCAGCUUCCAGGACUACAAGAUGAGGUACAGGGAAAACACGCCCAUAGUGCUCGACGGACUACAAAUCAGCAUCAGGCCACAGGAGAAAGUCGGCAUUGUGGGAAGAACAGGCUCGGGGAAGUCGUCUCUGGGCGUGGCUCUGUUCAGGCUGGUGGAGCCCGCCGCGGGCACCAUCACCAUCGACGGCGUGGACACCAGCUCCAUCGGUCUGGACGACCUUCGCAGCAAGCUGUCCGUCAUCCCCCAGGACCCGGUCCUCUUCAUAGGCACCGUGAGAUAUAACCUGGACCCGUUCAACAACUACAGCGAUGAAGAGAUUUGGUCUGCCCUGGAGAAGACGUAUAUUAAAGACACGAUAGCCGCGCUGCCUAAGAAGCUGCUGUCCGAGGUGGUGGAGAACGGAGAGAACUUCUCGGUGGGCGAGAGACAGCUGAUGUGCAUGGCCAGAGCCCUGCUCAGGAACUCCAAGAUCAUCCUGCUGGACGAAGCGACAGCCUCCAUCGACUCAGAGACGGACAGUCUUAUUCAGCACACCAUCAGGGAGGCCUUCCAGCACUGCACCAUGCUCACCAUCGCCCACCGCAUCAACACCGUCCUGGACUGUGACCGUAUCCUGGUCCUGGACAACGGCAAGGUUGUGGAGUUUGACCCUCCAGAGGUGCUGAUGAAGAGACCAGACUCCCUGUUCGCUUCUCUCCUGGAGGCAGCCAACACGGUCAACACGUGA